AUGAAAGUAAAAAACAACUGCAACACAAAUAGACUAUGUUCUAACGGUUGUGGAUUUUAUGGAAGCUCACAAUUUGAUGGACUGUGUUCGAAAUGUCAUAAAAAUAUAACCAAUACUAACGGCGCCACUAGUAUGCAAGUAAAUACUGUACCAAACAAAAUGGAAGUAAAUCCUCAAGAGUCAUUACCACCAGAAGAAACUUUGAUGAAACCAUCCGAAGUGAUUACAAUGAACGAAAAUUUAGAUGAAUUGACAAUUACCACUGAAAGACUCGAAGAAGCCAAGUCUAAUACAGAUCUUGUAAAUCCACUCUCUAAAAAUGAAAUGCAGUCAUCGACAACAUUACCAUCUAAUAAACAAGAAGUUACAGCUUAUGAAAGCGAUUCCGCAUUCAACUUGACUGUUUUAUCCUCUAAUAAAUCGAGUAGAAAUAAUCAACUUUCACCUGUUUCACCAGAGAAUACUAGACGAGAUCUUUCACCUCCAGGCAGUAAAUGUUAUAUAUGCAGAAAACGUCUCGGUUUAACUGGUAUGAACUGUAGAUGUGGUAAUACCUUCUGUGCAUAUCAUCGUUAUACUGAUCGACAUGAAUGUACAUACGAUUAUCAGGAGGAGGCACAGAGAGAAAUACAACGUGAAAAUCCUGUUGUCAGUGGAGAGAAAAUCAGAAAACUUUAA